AUGGAUAAAAAUAAAUUGAUAUCAAAAGAUGAUAAUUAUAAUGAAAAGGUUGAGGUAAUAUCUCGAGUUGAUACAUUUUAUAAUAAAUAUGGAUUAGGUAUAAAAAAUUAUUCAUGGAUAGUUAAAGAGGCGAUUGCUAUAAUAAUAUUAAUACAUGGCUUAGGUUCAAGUUUUCGUUUUGGUUUUUUGAGACAUAACGUAAAUAUAGUUGAUAAUAUACAAGCUACAUUAAUUGAUAGUGAUAAUUUUUAUAUUUAUAAAAAUAGUUGGAUUGAAGAAUUUAAUAAAAAUGGUUAUUCUGUAUAUGGAAUAGAUUUACAAGGUCAUGGAGAAUCUGAUGGGAUUGAUAAUUUAAGACUUCAUAUAAAUGAUUUUGAUGAUUUUUCUUAUGAUAUUAUAGAUCAUAUUAAAAAGGUAUAUCAAUCUAUUAUGUUAGAAAAUGAUAAUAAGGAUAAUUUAUAUAAUAAUAAUAAAAUGGAAAGUAUGGAAAAAAUGCCUA